AUGACCGAUCGCCAGCGACCUAUCAAGACACGAUUCCUCGUGCUUUCCGACACACAUGGCCUCGAGAAGCUUGCCCAAGAUACCUCGAAACAUACUAUCGACGUCGUCAUCCACUGUGGAGACCUGACCACGGAGUCCAAACUUGAAGAAUUCAAAGCUUCUAUUCGUCUCUUGAAUACCAUCAACGCACCGUUGAAAAUUGCAAUAGCUGGAAAUCAUGACUUCACGAUGGACAUUACUGCCUUCCGAAGAAAAGUGGCUGACGCCAAACCACCUUUGAACCCUACCCUGGUCAAACAGACGUAUGGCUACGAAGGAGAGGCGAGGAAGCUAUUCGACAGACAAAUUGGCAUUACUUUUCUGGAUGAAGGAACCCACGAAUUCCGAUUGAAUAACGGCGCGAUGCUAAAAGUCUACGCUAGCCCAUACACGCUGUCGCUAGGUGAUUGGGGUUUUCAAUACCACCCUGAUCAAGGUCAUGAUUUUGCAAUCCCCAAUGUCGACGUUGCUAUUACCCACGGUCCUCUAAAAGGGGUGAUGGAUAUGACUUACUCUGCUGAGCGAGCAGGGUGUCCUUUUCUUUUUGAAGCGAUAGCUCGAGCUCGGCCUCUUAUGCACUGCUUCGGCCAGAUCCAUGAAGGCUGGGGGGCCAAACUUAUCACCUGGCGCCAGAAACGGAGUGCUAAGCCUUCACAUUUGACCGAUAUCGACAACGAGAGAUCCACUACAAUAGCGAGAUUAUCUAGCGAACGGAAAAAGCUAGUCCAGAGCCCCGCGGGGGCCUUUUUCACCAGCCAUUGUCAUUCUGAUCUCAACCCGCUCAAGAGGGGCUUGCAGACCCUGUUUGUGAAUGCUGCGAUUGAAGGAGAGAAUUCUCUACCAAUCCAACCAGCAUGGAUCGUGGACUUGGAUCUCUCAUCAGCGUGUUGA